AUGACCGGGUCUUCUUUCCCCCCUGUGGGGAUUGCCAUCUAUCUGAGGUGCUUGGUGACCGAGGAAGACCAAGUUGUGAUGAAUACGGUGAGAGCCGCUUGUCUGUUCAACGAGGACCAACAUGCUCUGAACUGGGCUUCGGUGUUGCAUCACGAGGCCUUCCUUCGAAUUCGUGAGGAGCGCAAGGCCGAGGUUCGGGACCUCACUGAGAAAAAUGAUACCUACAAGCUUCUUAGUGAGAAGCUUCAGGUUCGACAGAGGCUCGAACAGAUUGGGGAUCUUCAGGAACAAACAGAUGCAAUUCGAGCCGAGGCUGAAGAAGAGAGAACCUCGGUUCAAGCAAAGAAAAUCGAGGAGCUUCAGUUCCGGUUAGCUAACUUGGCUAAUGAGCUCGAGGUAGCCAAAUCUGAGGUGGCCGCGGCCAACACUAAAGCCAAUGCUACUGCGACCCAGUAUAAGGUCGAUGUUGGGGCCAUCCAGGCGCUGUACAAAAUCAUGGUGGAUCAUGCAAAGUGGCAAGCUCGAAAGGACGCCCUCGAGGAAGUCCAUGCUCAGGGCUUCGAUAUACAGGCUGCACUCGAGAACGCCAAAGUAGAGGAAGCCACGGCUCGAAAGCUAGCCUUUCCUGAGGAAGACUCAGAUAGUUUAAGUGAGUCUGAAGGCGGGGAAGAUCUCGAGGAUGCAGAUGCUGCCUAUGAUGAAGACUUGUCCACUUAG